AUGAAUAAUUCGGAAGUUGCUGUUUUAGGAGGUGGUUGUUUUUGGUGUAUUUAUGCUGUCUUCAAGAGAGUCAAAGGAGUUCAAAAAGUUAUUUCUGGUUUUUCUGGAGGUGAGUUGAAGAAUCCUACUUACAAAGAGGUUUACACAGGAACAACAGGACAUGCUGAAGUAGUUUAGGUUACUUUUGAUCCAGAAGUUAUUUCUUACGAAAAUCUCCUCAGAAUCUAUUUCAAUGUUCAUGAUCCAACUCUAUUAAAUAGAUAAAAUGAUGAGGAUGUAGGAACUCAUUACAGGUCAGUAAUUUUUUAUUUGAGUGAAUAAUAACAAAAGACAGCUUUAGCUCUCAUUAAAGAGCUUGAAGAAUCUAAGUAUUACAAAGAUCCUAUUGUAACUAAAGUUGAUAAAUUUGAAGAGUUUUACCCAGCUGAAGAUUACCAUCAAAAUUACUUUGAUAUUAACCCUGAACAAAGAUACUGCAAAGCCGUAGUAGAACCUAAAUUAAAGAAAUUUUUGAUUAAAUAUAAAGACUACUUAAAGCAAGAAGAAGAAGAAUUAAAGUAAAAAUAAUUAUAGUAAGAAUAAUAGUAAUAAUAAUAAUCAUAGUAAUGA